AUGUCGUCGCGUCAAACCCGGCGCGAUGGCGUCUGGGGCUCUAUCCUGCUGGUAGCUGCCAACCUCGUGAUUCCCGCGGCCAUCCUCAUCUUCGCUACCGGCUUCUUCCCCUAUAAGCCGCUGUUACCCGGUUUGGCCAGUUUUGAUGCCGUUACCGAGUAUGGCGAGCCACCGGCAGCCCCAUUCGACAAGCUGGUCUUGAUGGUGAUUGAUGCUCUACGCAGUGACUUUGUCUAUACAGCCAACAGUGGCUUCCAAUUCACCCAAUCACUCAUCCGCGAUGGCAUUGCCCUCCCCUUCACGGCGCACGCCACGUCACCCACAGUCACCAUGCCGCGGCUGAAGGCCAUCACCACGGGGUCGAUCCCUUCUUUCCUGGAUGUCGUCCUCAACCUGGACGAGACAGAUGAGUCGUCCAGUCUGGCCAACCAGGAUACCUGGCUGGCCCAGAUGCGCGCCAGACGUCCCGGAAAGCUGGUCAUGUAUGGCGAUGAUACAUGGCUGAAGUUGUUUCCGGGCGUGUUUGAUCGCGCGGAUGGGACGAGUAGCUUUUUCGUGUCGGACUUCACCGAGGUGGACAAUAAUGUCACCCGGCAUAUCGCCGACGAGUUGAAGAGGGAUGACUGGAAUACUAUGAUCCUGCACUACCUUGGCCUGGACCAUAUUGGUCACAAGGGCGGCCCUAGAAGUCCACACAUGCUCCCCAAGCAGCGUGAAAUGGAUGCCGUCAUAAAGCAGAUCUACACAGCCAUCGAGUCGGAGGACCAUCUCCAAUCGACCCUCUUCAUUGUCUGUGGCGACCACGGCAUGAAUGAUGCCGGCAACCAUGGCGCUUCGUCUGCUGGUGAAACAUCCCCAGCCCUGGUCUUCAUCUCUCCCAAGCUCAGGACGCUCAAGCAGGAUGACCGGCAGUCCCCGUUGCCGGAGAAUGAGGACUUCCAGUUCUACAGUACCGUUGAGCAGUCGGAUCUGGCGCCGACGUUGAGUGCUUUGCUGGGUCUGCCUGUGCCGAAAAAUAAUCUGGGCGCCUUGAUUCCGGCGUUUUUGCCGUUCUGGUCUGAAGAGGACCAAGUCCAGCUCCUGAUGCGAAAUGCUCACCAGCUGCUGGACAUUGUGCUCACUGCCUUUGGGGCAAAAAGCUCUGAUGUAGACGCGGGUAUACUAGAGCACUCAAACGCUGACUACCAGGAUCUUGCCCGCGGUUGGCAUGCUCUCGUUGCUCAGGUUGCCCAGUACAAGGACGCCGAUGACACAGCUCGCGCUGAGCUGAUCCAAACAAUCACGAAGUGGCUUCGCCUCGCCCAGCGCGUCUUAAGCAGCAUGGCCAGCAACUACGACAUUCCACGCAUUUUCCUGGGCCUCUGCCUCGCUGUGUUCGCCCUCCUCAUGGCGAUUUUUUCGUCUUCCAUUCUCACAGUAUCUACCAACCUCCACCGCUCGCUCAUCCCGCUCUUCCUCAUCCUCACUACCUACGCCGCCAUGAUGUUUGCCAGCUCCUACAUCGAAGAAGAGCACCACUUCUGGUACUGGUCGCUCACAGCCUGGUUCACCCAUCUCGGCCUGCGCGCUUUCCGCACUGCAACCCCCUCUUCCCGCGCCAGAGCCGUUCUCCUAACUCUCACCCUCCUCCUGACCACCCGCGUCGUCCGCGCCUGGAUCCAAACCGGCGUCAAGCACGCGGCAGCGCCGGACGUGGUCAAGACUUUUUUGCAUACCAACCCGCCGCUGUUGUGGACGUUGGUUGGGAUAACGUACGCCUGGACGCAUCAGAACCUGGUGUAUGGACUGAGCGGGGGUUUGCCGCCUUGGUUAGCGUUUGCGGUGGCGACGGGGUUGGUUUUGGCGGCGUUUACGUUUAAGGUUGCGUUCUGCUUGGAAGAUGCGCCGGAGAUGGUGACGGAUUUUGUCAAGGGGCUGUUGAGGUUGGGGUUCAGUACGCCUGUGGACGGGACGGGGUUGGAGAGUAUUGGGCUUGUGACGAGGGCGAGGGCGGUGUUUAUUGGUUUGGCGGCGGGUGUUGUUUUGGUUGUUGGGUUUGUUCUGGCAAGGAGGAGGAUAAGUUUGGAUCAGAGCGGAACAUCCACCCUCCUCCCCUUCUACACCCUCCUCGCUCUCACCCAGUCCCGUCCCGGCACCAUCCCGCUCUACAUCCUCUUCAACCUGCAAUACCGUCUUCUCUCCUCCCUCGCCUUUCCCUCGUCGUUUGGCUCCCUAGGCCUAUCCCCCAUCGAGCUGAGCAUCACCCUGUUACUCCUCCAGCACGCGUCAUUCUUUGCCACAGGCGGCUCCAACUCCGUUGCGUCGGUCGACCUCUCCAGCGCGUAUAACGGUGUGGCAGCGUACAGCGCCCCUGUUGUGGGGGUGUUGACGUUUGUGAGUAACUGGGCGGCGGUGAUAUGGUGGUCUAUUGCGGGAAUUACGUUGUUGUUGGAGACGAGGGUGAGGCUUGCUCAGUCUCGGGACGGUGUUCGUGGCUGGUGCUGCGGCGGCGGUUAUGGCGGCAUGUACGCUGCUGAGAACACAUUUAUUUAUCUGGACGGUGUUCUCGCCUAA